CAAUUGGCUGAAAUGGCUGGUGCAUUUCUUCGCGUCUUCUGCGACACCAGGUAUGGCUGACUUGGACGUGAGUCGCCUGCUUGCGGGCCUGCAACGUGGUGCCGUACCGGGUGCUGAUGGGUCGGUGGAGUUUUUGUGCAAGAAGUUCUCUAGUCUCAUCGACCGGCUCAAACAAGCCGAGGCCAAUGAGGCCGCGGAACGCGAGAACUACACUGCCCUAGAGGCGAAACUGCAAGCAGAAGAGCAAGAGGCUGAUGCUGAGAGGAGGCGUUUAGAAGUGGCCACCCUUGCGGCACGCGAGGAGACCCGACAGGCGGAGUUGACGGUGACCGAGGUCGUGGAGAAGGAGAUGAUCUCGAAAGAGGAAGUUAUGGGUCUCAAAGCCGAGACAGAGGCGUUGGUGCACCGCAAGCGCCUUUUGGAGGAGACCUGUCGGACGGAACACGCCCGCAUGGGCGAGGCCCAAGGUCGCUUGCGCAGGCAGCAACUGUCAAAACCGCAGAUGUUGGAGGAUGUUCGACGUUUGCAGGGACAGCUGCAGACCUCGACGACCAGAAGUAGCGCCAUCACAGCGGAGAUGGAAGUCUUACAAAGUCGCUCCUUGAAGGAUGAGGAGAUGCUGUUGAAACUGAAAUCCGAAUUGGCUUCCGAAGAGGAGGCGCGGGAAGAGGCCUUCAGCUCCGCGACGGUGCGGCGAGAGGAUCUGGAUCAGGCCUUGACGGAUUCGGCACUGCUACAGGAGCAGAUGACUGAACGUCAGGUGGCAAUCCAGCGGAUUCAUGGUGAAUGCCAAAGGUGCAAUCAUCAUCGGCUCGGAAUUCGAGACGAAACCGAGAAACACAGGCGAUGGCUCAAAGAAGCACAGAAGGAACUGGAAAGUCUCAGUAAUGCUGAAAGGCAACUAGAACAGG